UACUUACUAGUCACAACUGUUGGAAUUUUUAAACUUCUCGUUUUUUGUUUUUUCGUUCAAGCGAACACACCGACGUCGUGACAAGCGACAGACCGGACGUCGUAAACAGAGACACACCAAACGGAAGCAUAGAACAAAACAAACAAACAAACAAACAAACAAACAAAUAAAUAAAUAAACAACACGCACGCGCAGACACAAACACACACACGCACACCCACCCACACACACACACGCACACACACACACACACACACACAUACAUAUAGACACAAACUAUAGACACAGAGACUAAAAAAACCUCAGCAAGAUGUCUCGUUUAAGAUCUGCAAUGAAAGCUGUCAAUUUUUUGUCACCGAAGACCAAGAAAUGCAUCCCCGUGCCUGAGAAAGCUAAAGAGAAUGAGGAAAGCCAAGUAUGUAUGAUGAACGCCAGUCCCUACUAUAUAUGUAAGUUGGCAUCGAAAGGAGACUUGACGUCAUUUGAAAAAUAUUUUAACAAAAAUCCUGAUCGCCUUCACACUCGCAAUACAAAGCGUCAAACAGUCCUACAUCUGGCAGCAGAGAAAGGCCACGAAGAUAUUCUGUUGUUUUCGUUAGCAAACGGUGCAGAGAUCGAUGCCGAAGAUAAUAAGGGGUGCACGCCCCUUCACGUUGCCAUUAUGAAUCGGUUUCCUACGUGUGUCAACAUUUUACUUAAGUAUGGAUGCAAUCCACAUAUUUACAACUUACAGGAGCUAAAUGCCAUUCAAUUGGCCUGCGAGCUUGACUUUGACGAUGUACUCUUGGUGUUACUAAAAUACAAGUCUAUUGAUGUAAAUGCAUGGAACAAAGAUGGUAACACCCCUUUACACUGCACUGCAUCAAAAGAUAGCUACAAGUGCGCUAAAAUACUGCUGGAAAAUGGAAGUUUACUGUGUCAAACGUGUGAAAUUGGUUUCUAUCCGAUUCAUACUGCGGCUCUCAGUGGUUCAGCAAAAACCUUGAAUGUCUUUUUUGAGUUCGUAUCAGACCAAGGGAAAGACCUGAGCAGAGCACUCUCCUAUGUAGACAAAGAUAAUAAUGUACCAUUGCAUUCUGCCGUUCGGAGUGGGUCUUUAGAGGUUGUGAGGGUAUGUCUCGAAGCAGGAUCACGAAUUGAUUUGAAGCAGGAUGACCUUUAUAAUCCACUUCAUCUGGCUAGCGCUCAAGGUAAUUUAGACAUGGUCUCGUUGAUGUCAGAACUCCAGGAGGAAAGUUUCAUGAAAGCUUUACAUCAGAAAGACAUUUUAGAAAUGACGCCUCUUCAUAGAGCUACAUUAUUUAAUCACGGCCACAUCAUCGAAUUUCUGAUAUCAAAGGGAGCUGAUCUUGAAAUAGGAGAUAUAUAUCAGAGGACGCCUUUGCUGCUUGCUGCCAGCAAGGGCAGCCAUGAAGCCGGAAAUUUGUUGUGCAGAGCAGGCGCGAAUCCUCUGGCAAAAGACGUUAACUCCCGAAAUGUUCUUCACUUGGCUAUAAAAGGAGGCGCGGUGGCAUCGAAAAUGGUUUGUUCAGAAUCCUACGGAAAUGUUCAUGUAACCAUUAAACAGCUAACCAAUGAAAAGGAUGCGUUUGGCUGUACAGCAUUACACUAUGCCUCUCAAGAAGGACGACUGGCUGCGUUAAAUGAUUUACUCAGGUCCGGAGCAAGCAUUAAUUCGAAGAACAAUGACAGAGCGUCACCAUUUCACUUUGCUGUCCGGUAUGGAAGAUACAAGAGCUGUUGUAAACUUCUGGAUAGUAUACAAGGCAAAAACAUCCUGAACGAAACUGAUGGAAAAGGAAUGAGUGCUAUGCACAUAGCAGCAGAAAACGGUCAUGUCAAGAUUUUGGAUCUGCUGAUUACAAGAGGAGCAGUCGUUUCAAAAGACAAUAGAAAUAAUUCUCCUCUUCACCAUGCUGCCGCCAACGGUUAUACGAAAAGUAUUACAUUGUUAUUAAAUGUCCACUGUUAUUUGAUGAACGCUACAAAUGUAGAUGGGGAAACGGCUCUGCAUUUAUCAGCGAAAAACGGCCACACUACAGCAGUGUGUUUACUACUCUCGUGUAAGGCGAAGAUACUCAAAGAUAGAAAGAAGAUGACAUUUUACGACCAUAUUCUAGAAAUGAAAAGUUUCGAAGUGGCGCAGGCUGUAAUUGAACAUCAGAGAUGGGAGGAGAUUAUGGCACAACCUUCAGAAAUCUACGGUCAAACGAUUGUAGGACUCGUUAGAGAACUGCCUGAUGUCUGUUUGAGCUUGAUGGACCGUUGUACCACACCUUCAAAAGAGGAUCCUAAGUAUAAAAAAUUUUCUAUUGAGUACAACUUCAAAUAUUUACAGAGCCCUGAAGAUGAUUCCGGUGAUUUUGAACGCAAACCGAUGACUAUUCUUAACGAAAUGGUUAAAUAUGGCCGCGUGGACUGCCUUAGCCAUCCUUUAACUAUAAAUUACUUAUCAAUGAAGUGGAUGGCGUAUGGUCUUCCGAUAUCCUUAACCAGCUAUUUUUUCUACAUCAUAUACAUGGUUUCCCUGUCAAUUUUCGCCCUCACGAACAAACAGAUUGAGAAGAACUCCACAUCUUUCAGUUAUGAAACCUUUCAUCACAAUCAUCAAAACUAUUUCCUUAGUACCAUAAUAGUGGCUUACAGUCUUAUUAAUAUUGUCCGUGCAAUCGUACAAUUAAUUCAACAGAGACUAAACCAUCUAUUCGAAGGAAGUGUCGUACUGGAAUUGUUCCUUCAUGUUUUGACAUUGAUUUUCAUCUGUCCAUUUCUGAUUGAUACUAAAUUCGAUUCAUUUCAAUGGGAAGCUGGUAUUUUUGCCAUUUUCAUUGCCUGGUUCAAUUCUCUCUUAUAUUUGCAAAGGUUCGAAUCUACCGGAAUAUAUGUUGUUAUGUUUCUGGAGAUCUUAUUCACCUUGUUAAAGGUCUUGGUGGUGUUCUUUUCAUUAUUCAUAGCAUUUGGCUUGGCAUUCUACCUGUCUAUGAGUUCACAGUCCGAGGCUUACGAGCAGAUUUUUCCGUCCGUUCUGAAAUCUCUAAUGAUGAUGCUGGAAUUAGAUUACUCUACCACAUUCCACACCCUAUUCCUAAAUAACACCAUCGAUUAUAAAUCCGUUUACGUUAUACUAAUUUUGUAUGUCAUCCUUAUGCCUUUUCUGCUGAUGAACUUACUGAUCGGUUUAGCCGUCGGAGACAUUGAAUCCAUUCAAAAAAACGCAGGUCUUAAACGCCUUACUAUGCAGGUAACAAGUCAUACGGCAAUUGAAAGAAUGCUGCCAAAACGACUUCUGAGGCGGUUCAACAAAGAAACUUAUACGGUUUUCCCCAACGACCAAGGAAAAUGUUCAAGUAGUAUUAUGAAGCAAUCUCAACCCUCAAACAAUGAUAAAUUCCAAAAUAUUGAGAUAUCUGCAGAUAAAAUAGACUGGGAAAUGCGAAAACAGAACCAAAGGUUGAAGUCUAUACAGAGUAUGAUGGAAAGCCAGCAAGAGAUGAUCCGUAUGAUUACACAGAAAAUGGAGAUAUGUUCAGAAGAUGAUUUUGUCGACGAAGGUGAAAACUUUACCGAGUGUAUGGGAAAUGACCUCAGUAACGGUGAAAACCAAGUAAAAAGAUGGAAAAGCUUUGUUGAAAAGAAAGUCAAAAAAUAAUUUUCUCUGAUGUUAUGCAAUCGUGCAGCAGAGCAGGAGUGGCAAUGAAAGAGUGCCAACAGCACAGACCAGGUGUAGUUAUGCAGGUGUGAAUGUAAGCAGGUGUUCGGCAGAACAAGAGUGCCUGUAUUAGUCUCAAGAAUUGUUUGUUGCAAUUGUGUAGUAGUGGUUGUGCAUGAUGUGCCGGAUUGUCGGAUAAUCCUUAGAUUGCCGUGUAAAACGGCAGUAGCAUAUCAAUAGUUGUUUGUGCUUUGUAUGUCGUUAGAUAAAACAGAACUCUCUCUCUCUCUCUCCACAUUUGGUGACAUUUUAGUUGUUAGAUUAAACGUUUGACAGAAAUGGGUUACGAAGGAAUGAACAAAAAAGGCAGCUAGCUAAGGAAUUAACAAACAACUGAAAGUUGAAAUAUAUUAUUUUUAAUUAAGCAAAACAAUUCUCAUGUUUAGAAAAAUGUGUGUGAAUUUUCAGUACAUGCUAUUUAUAUAUUUAUAAGCAGCAUAAAAGAUAUUCCCCUCCGCAACAAAAGCAUUCUGUAGCAAUUCAUUAAGCUAUUUCAUUUUGUAUUUUAUUUUGUAAUUUUAUUUGUAUCGUUUUUACGUCCUGUUUGUGUCACAUUUUGUUCUUUCCUUGUUUUUACCCCUCUGCGAAGUAAUUUCCUUUAAUUUCUUCGCAGGAAGGGGUAGUUCGAUGAGUCGUGUUCUGUCCUCACCUUCGAAACACGCUGGAGUUGAACUAGGGACAGCUGAUGAAGGGGAUUUUUCCUUGUGUAGUUUGUCUAGUACUCU